AAUCGUUUACGCCAGGAUAGUAUGCGUGAGCUAAUACUUUUCCAGGACCAUCGAAAUUAAAUGGGCAUUUAGAGGUUCCUUGACAACUUGCUCGAAAACUAUGAUUAUUUGACACCACAGUUAUAGUAAUAUCCGGCUUUGAAGAAGGUAUUAUUACUCGUUUAAACUUUAAAUUAGAUAUUUUCUCCCAUCUAACGAAAGCGUCUUCAGCAAGAUGUAUAUAAACUGGAUUACUAACAGCUUGAGGAAAAUACCAACUUAAUGUCGUUUUAUUCCACUUCGAAUGAAUUGCAUAGUUAUUGUCGCCAACAGAACAUCGAGGCUUAUUCAUCAUCAUAUUCAUAGUAUCAUUAUUUAAUGUUCCGGUCACCGGAAGAUUGUAUCUUUCUUGAAAUUCAACUAAGGCCAUAUCUAUACUAGAAAUAGCAUUACUUGAUGUAUUUAGAUAUCCAAAUCGUUUAAGAAAAGAACUAGCAUACUCCAGAGUGCUAUUCUCUGCAUACACAGAUACAGAGAGCAACAAUAAGACAUGUAAACAGACAAGCAUCUCGAUUUAUACUAAACCCAAAAUUUUUUGGUAAAGUUAUUUAAGAAAAUAUUUGAAGUAAAAAUCGUUGAAAAUAAUUAAAAUUGAUAAUUCACAUAUCGCAUAGGAAAUAGCGGUUGAAGGUCUAAUCACAUUACUAUGCAAUUCUUCGUUAUCAUACCGCAUUUUGUUAUUGAGCUAUAUUUCUUAUCAUGUGCAGAGAAAAUGUUGGAAUUUUUCAAUGAUUUUACAAUGAUAAAACUGAAUAUAAUUUUGCGCACGCAAACAUUCUACAACACGUCAUAGGGUGAGGCACGCAACCAUAUAAAUUUCAAAAUGCACCUCAGGACGGUAUAUUCCAUAGUCUAUUCCCUACUGUUAGUGUGCGCUCGUUGUGGUUCAACUAGUUUUCAAAGGUAAGUGUUCUCUUAAUUAUUCUUUAUUAAAUAUUUUCGAUGUUUCUUGUUUGAUUUUGAAUAAAACUUAAUGUUUUCUGCUCCGCCAUUUAUAAAAUCUCUUCAUUCCAGCUGAGAUUUAUUAUUUCGACAUUAAAUAAUUGUCUAACUAUCGUCAUUUUGAAUGACAUUUAUUUUUUAUUUUCUCGUAAUUAUUCGUUUUUAAAUCUUUUCGGUUUUUCAAGUUUUUGGUCAGCUAUUUAUAAAAUUCCUUCAUUCCAGAUGAGAUUUAUUAUUUUAGCACCUGAUUGUCUACAAAAAGACCUCAUGCCAACAUGACAAUUAAUCUUUUUUAUUUUCUCAUAAUUAUUCUUUGUUAAAUCUGUUCGGUUUUUCUUGUUUGUUUUUAUUAAUGUUUUCUGCUCUGCUAUUUAUCCCUUCAUUCCAGAUGGGAUUUAUUAUUUCGACAUUUGAUUUUCUACAAAAAAAAAAAAAAAAAAAAAAACCCUUGAUGUUAGCAUGCUGAAUGCCAAGUAUUCGUCAUUCUUUGUAAUUAUUCUUUGUUAAUUUUUAGUCAUGGAUGCGUGUGGUAGAAAAGUACUCGAUGUCGUUGAAGCAAUUAGAAACCUGAAAUGGGUUUUUAUUGACAAUGCGGAUAAGUUUGAGUACGAAGCCGAGCGAGCUGUUAUAAGAACAAGAAGGUACACGGUAGAAGAGUGUAACGAAGAAGCUACCAAAUACCACAAGGGAGCAAGAAUAUGUGAAGACUAUCUCUCUGACGUAAUAUGCAUGUGUUGCUUUUUAAAAAAAAUAAAAAAUCUAGGGCUGACUGAUUUCUUAAAUGACCUAAAAGAUGUUCUACCUACUGAAGAUGAAGGGUUUUCAUUUCAAAACAACAUAUCGUUAAAAUUGGAGGAAUUUAUGAAAAAGAUCAAGGAACUAAAGGAAAAAAUAAAACAAUUUGAAGAUAAACAAAUAAUGUUUAAGUCUUUUAGUAAACUGCACUUAAGGACACCCAUAAGUAAACCGUACACUAUGUAAUUGUUGUUUUAAUAAAUUAUUAUAAUACUAAUUGACUCUUUUAUUUAUUUAUAAUUAAGAAAUAAAACAAAAAAUAAUAUAAUAUAUUUUUAUUUUUGCAUUAAAAAAGUAUCAUACAACCAAAAUACAUUAGAUAAAGCACAAAUACAUUUUUCACUAUUAUGAUAAAAACAAGCAGGUUCCUUAACUUCUAAUGUUGGUUGUACAUCCAAUUCGUAUAAAGGAAUAGCAAUGUAUUUUUUUAAAUAAUUUUUCUUUUCCAUGAUAAGGAUAUCGUUCAGAAUUAAGGAACAUACGAAUAUUUGUUAAAUUGCAGUGAUCAAAUUUACUCAUAUCUUUCAGCAUUUUUCCUUUUCGACCAUCAUGGAAAGCUACUACAAUAUGACGAGGACUUUCUAAUUUUAUAGUUGUUUUUACUGGCCAAGUAUGACGUGUUGAAUUAUUUAAAGUGAGAUAUUCAAUUAAUUCCCAACUUCUAAAUUUUAUAGGUAGUUCCGUAUUAUUACGAACUAUUUUGUUUAGCCGCAAUUGUUCGCUAAUAUUAGGUAAAAUAUGAGGUACAUUCCAAUAAAGUUUAUUAAUUUCAAUUUUUGGUUUUUCUGUUUCAUCUGUAGCAAUAAUAGCAUCAAUAUCAUCUUUUUCUCGUAUCAAGACUAAUUCCUGUCUCAUAUUAAUGAUAAUUCUUUGAAAAUCUUCAACAGGAAACAUAGAAUAGUAAAACUAGUCAGAUCAUGGAAUGGGCGAUAUGGUGCUAAAAAUUUAAUUUCUAGUGCCCGGUUUCAUAGCAGAAAAAUAUUCAAUGACAAUUUAGUAGCUAUAGAACUGAUUAAAUCAGAUCUAGUUUUUAAUAAACCCUUGUACAUUGGCAUGACUGUUUUAGAUAUAUCAAAAUUAUGUAUGUACCAAUUUCAUUACGACUAUAUGCUUCCAAAAUUGGGCGCAGAUAAAUGUAAUUUAAUGUAUAUGGAUACCGAUAGCUUUAUUUAUGAACUGUACUGUCAUGAUGCAUAUGAGGAAGUAAUAAAACAAGAUCUAUCAAAAUUUGAUACAUCCGAUUACGCUGUAGAUAAUAUCUAUAAUAUUCCUCGAGUAAAUAAAAAAGUUUUAGGAGUAAUGAAGGAUGAAAAUAAAGGAGAAAUUAUGACAAAAUUUGUGGGAUUACGAUCAAAAAUGUAUACUUUUAAAGUUCAAUCUGGUCGAAUCACUAAAAAAGCAAAAGGGACUAAAUAUAAUAUAGUAAAAAAUGUUAUAAAAUUCGAUGAUUAUGUAAACUGUUUAAAUGAUUUUAAGGAACAAACUGCUACUCGACACUCCAUUCGGUCAUAUAGCCAUAACGUUUAUAGUAUAGAACAAACAAAAAUUGCGCUAAGUCCUUAUGACGAUAAAAGAUAUUUAAUUCCAAAUAGUUUUAGAACCCUACCAUUGGGACGUUACAGUAUUUUAGAAUAGAUUUUUUUUGUAGAUGAAUGUUCCAUCAUUGACCGACCUGUCUAUCAAAAAAAUCUGUGAAACAACAGUAUCAGCAUCAUAUUUCAUCGAGCAGUCCCCCUUGCCGUGGACAUUAACAAAAAUAAUAUUAAAAAAAUUUCCUUUAUAUAAAUGGGAAACGAUGAUAAGCAGUGCUAAAAAUGAUCCUAUUCCUUCAUAUAAAGGAAUAGAAUUUAUUGCUUGCUCUAAACACAUACCGUCACAUUUAAGAAAUGUCGUAUUAGGAAAGUCAGAUUGGGGGAGUAUAUUUGAAGAUGAUGUAGAUGAAUGUUCCAUCAUUGACCGACCUGUCUAUCAAAAAAAUCUGUGAAACAACAGUAUCAGCAUCAUAUUUCAUCGAGCAGUCCCCCUUGCCGUGGACAUUAACAAAAAUAAUAUUAAAAAAAUUUCCUUUAUAUAAAUGGGAAACGAUGAUAAGCAGUGCUAAAAAUGAUCCUAUUCCUUCAUAUAAAGGAAUAGAAUUUAUUGCUUGCUCUAAACACAUACCGUCACAUUUAAGAAAUGUCGUAUUAGGAAAGUCAGAUUGGGGGAGUAUAUUUGAAGAUGAACACUCCAGUUAUUGUGUAUGGGCUAAUGGAUAUUAUCUUAAGCAGCAUCGCCUAAACGUAUGUAAAUCAUGUUUUUUUGCAUUCAAAAAUGCUCAUGAGACCUUAAAUAAAUUUUUACUGGUGCGUUACGACCAUACUCACGAAGUUUAUGAUGCUGAUGAUAUCGUUGAAUGCGUAUAUCAGCAACCAUAUUAUUGGUGCAAUAGUUGUUUUACUCACGUUUUAUUCGAUUUAAAAGAUUACGAGUCUUGCGUUAAUGCAUUACAUGAAAUGCCUAGAAAUAACAGGUUUGAUGAUUCUGAACCAGAAGUCUGAAGUAGGCAGUAAUAUUGAUUCUUUUGAGACGAAUGAUAGUGUCGAAUAUCCAUAAGCUACUAUCUCUCUUUCUCUCUUUUUUUGUAAAUAAUAAAGAUAAUAUAAUGUUAUUUUUCUUUCUGUAUUUUAUUCUAUAAUAAAGAUAUAUGUAAACAUU